AUGGUUUGUUUGCUUACCCUCAUUCAACCCAUCCUCAAGAACCAUUCCGUAGUACUAACUUCCCAUUACUCAGCAACUGAUUUACAAUCAUCAAUAAGACAAACCCGAAGAACGGAAGCCGUUGUUGAUCCAAGAGCAUCCAUUCCCACGGCAGUGCUGCGUGUUUGUUAUCCCUCCUACACUGCCCUCCGGUACAAUACCUUAAACAGAAGCAACCCGUUCCUGUCUAAAUUUAACCUUGUUUUCAAUGUUUUCAAAGACAUGUUAAACAAGUCCAAAAGGGAUUUCCACGACAUGUUCACCAAAACAUACGGCAUCAUUUAUGAACAGAAUUCCUAUGUUUUCACCGACUUAUUCAAGGAAUUGGAAAGAUAUUAUGCAACUGGACAAGUUGAUUUGGUGGACGCGAUGGACGACUUCUUCAAUACAUUAUAUCAAAAAAUGUUCACGGUUCUUAAUGCCCAGUAUACUUUUGAUGACAAGUAUUUGGAAUGCGUCAAUGAGAGAAUGAAGGAAUUAAAACCUUUCGGAGAUGUACCUAGCAAAUUGUCCACACUACUUAAGAGGUCAUUUGUGGCUACAAGGACAUUUUCUCAAGCACUGCAUGUUGCUGCAGAUGUAGUAAAAAACAUGGAAAAUAUGAGCAUUAGUGAAUCAUGCCACUCUGCUGUAGCUAAGAUGUCCCAUUGCCAAGCCUGCAGUGGCCUAAGUGAAUUGAAACCUUGUUCCAACUAUUGUACCAACGUAAUGAAAGGUUGCCUAGCUUACCAUUCCGUAUUGGAUUCCCAUUGGAAUAGUUUUAUUGAUGUAACUGAUAAAGUAGUUGACAGACUUCUCGGCCCAUUCAAUAUCGAAAUGGUUGUUGAACCAAUUGACAUAAAGAUUUCUGAAGCUAUAAUGAUCUUCCAAGAAAAUGCUCAACAAGUUUCUCAAAGGGUUUUCACAGGCUGUGGGAAACCCACUCUGGGCAGGAACAAAAGAUACAUCACUAAAACUAGGCUAGGUACUCACAAAAGUCGAAGAGCCACUGGUGAAAUCGAACUGGAAACUUUUGAUUUUUCAAACAGAGGAGGUGGUGGAGAGGAGAGUACCCACGGAAGCGGAGAAGAAAUGGGGAAACUUGAGAGUGUUUUAAGAGAAACUAGAGAGGCAUUGAAGAAUACUAAAAAUUUUUGGCAGAAGUUUCCUUAUCAUAUGUGUGGAAAGGGAAUGACAGCAAGUACGCAAGAUCCUUGUUGGAAUGGCAAAUCAAAAGAUAGAUACUUAACUGAUGUCAUUGGAGAUGGUAUCAUAAAUCAACAAAAAAAUCCAGAAGUUGCCAUUGAUGUUUCUCUGCCUAACAGUCUAGUAAACGAACAAGUUUUCUCACUGAAAACUAUAAACAACAGGCUAAAAAGUGCAUAUAAUGGGAUGGACGUAGAUUGGAUUGAUAAUGAGGAAUUCUACGGCUCCGGUGGUAGUGGUUCUGGUGCUGGAAUCGAUGAAACAGGAUCAGGAAUGUCCCCGACAGACGUGACUGAAGCUCCAGACCCAUCUUCUUCAGAACCUGCAACGCCGAAAGCAGAAGACAACAAUAAAGAACCAAAUGAAAUAGAUCCCAUUCCAGAUUUACGAAAUAAUGUCACUGUAGUUAACACUAAUGGUAAUUCUAUUGCAGGUGCGCCAAAAUGUGAUAUUGCGGCAAUCACAUUCAUGAUCCCACUUAUUGCCUGUUUACUUGGAGGCAGUUCUCUUUGAAUAUUCUAAAACCAAUACAAUGGCAAACCAAACACAAAAGAUUCAGAAUUCUAUUUCAUUUGUAUGUUAAAUUCAAAUUAGUCAAAUUGUCAACAUAAUUCAUUGACUUACCCAACUAAUUUAUUUUUUUUUAGUUUGGAUUAUAACAUAUUACUUCCUGAAAAUUUGAUGUAUUGUUUAUCAGUCUUUUUUGAUUGAUUAGUAAUGGAGGAAGAGAAGUAAUAUUAAAAUUUAUUAUUUCCUUAGUUGAGAAAAACAAAAUGGAAUACUGAAAAGUUAUUUUAUUAUAAGACCACAAUAGCUAUAUUUGUGAUAAGUUCUCCCUUGAUGGUGUUCCGAGAUUGUUAGGAUAUUUGAGGAUAUCAGGAUGUAUUUAAGGUUAUCUUUUUAAAUAUAUAUUCUUGAAUUCCAAUCAUAAUUUAUUAGAUUAACAAAAUUAAAUAUUUUUAUAAUUAUUUGAAUUGUGUAAUUGGUUUCAUGAAUGAAUGUCUUGUAUAGGUGGAUUUAAUAAGUAUUUUGUGGCAAAUAUUUUGGGUCAGCUGAUUGGAAAUGAAUCAUGAUCAGUAGUAAAUAUGUAUUUUAAAUACUAUUGAGGAAUCAGAGUAAUUUCUUUUCAAUUUUUUUGAUGAAUGGUGAAAUUAGUUUUUACACUAAAGAAAAAAAUAAGUUAUUAAAUUAAAUUAAAAAAAAAAAAAAAUAGUUUCGUAUUAACAAAAAAGUGAGACAAGAUUAAGCAUUUCUUGUGUUACUUUGAAUAUUUCAUUAACGUUUUAAUUCAGUUAUAAAAAAUAUUGAAUUAUGAAUAUUUUUCUGUUUGGAAUUCGGUUGUACAUGUUGUUGAAGAGAGAUAUUUACUACAUCAUCUAAGGAGUGAAAUAUUUUAAAAUUGGCUGUGCCAAAAAUAUACUAUUUAUUAGUAUAUUUUUAAUUGCAAAAAGAUUUAUAAUAUUUAAGAAAUAUUUGUAUAAGAUCUUUUUGACUUAGAUUUAUUAGUAUCUAUUUGUACAGAUUUCGAACUCUACCACUACGUAAAAGGAAGAAAAAAAAUUAAUCAAAUGCUGCAGUUUUUUCUGACUGAUGUAGCUUUUGUUUUGUUUUCUUUAUAUGAUUAAUAGACUUUAAUUUUUUUUUUUUUUGUAACGUUUAGGUGCUAACAAUAUUUUGUAAAUACUGAUAUGAAUUUCAUUAAGUAGUUCCUUGAAAUUGAUUAUAUUAUGCUUUGAAUUCAAACUUUAUUAAGGUGUAUACUAAUAAUAAAUGGUUAAAUUUGCUUAAGCAGGGUGUAACUAAAUUGUUUGGUACUUAAUCGCUUGUUGGUAGGUUCUUAUCAGCUACAAAUCCUGUAGUUAUUGAAAGAUAUCCUUGAUUAAUAUGAAUCCUUAAUAGUUAUAACCACAGAUUGUAAAGCAAUGAUGGGCAAUUUGAGGAUUUGGUUAUUUAAUUCAGAAUCUUAUGGUUGUAGACUUUUAAUAUUUCAACUUUUGAUAAUAUUAACAUGUUAUUGGAGUUUAGUAUUUCAGUAGUUUUUUAAUUUGAGCCACUCGCAGAAAGCUGGAAAAAAAUUGCCCAUCGCUGUUGUAGAACUUUUAACUUAUCACUCUAAUCAUUCAAAUUAUGAUUCAACAGUUUUGGAAAAUAACAACUGCCUCCAUGAAUAUUGUAAAUGUUUUUAUUUCAGUGAAAGUAAAACUCAAGAGACCUGUUAAAUAUUUUUGUUUACAGUUAAACCUCUUUAUUUGGAACUUACAGACAAUUCAAUGGUAUAAAAAAAUGUAAUGAUUUCAUUAACGUUAUUUUGCCAUUGGCUUAAGUAUGUUAUUCAUUCAAAUAAUUCAAUUCAAUGCACUGUUACGAUUUUUAAAAGAUUAAUUUUCUAUUUUAUUUUAUCAUCAAUUUAUCGAAAAUGCUAUGGUUGGGUUGAUAUUUUAUUAACAUUGAAGUAAACUUUAAAUGAUUUCAUGCCUAUCAAAUGAAUUCAUGAUCAAUGCGGAAGCCGAGAUUUGUAGUUAUUUUUGAUUGUGUCAUAUAUAUUAAUUAGUAACUUUUUUUUUUAUAACUGUUCAUGAUUUCAAUGUAUUGAGGUUUAAUUGUAUUUGGUUGUUUGUCUUUUUAUUUGAAUGAGUUACGUAAUUGCGAGUGGAAAAUGUUUUGGGGGGAUACAGAUGAAGGUU